UCUGUUUUUUAAAUUAAUGAAUUUAAGUUGAAUUAUGCUUAAAAUUUAAAAUUUAGAUGAAAUUUACACUUAAUUUUAUAGACCGGCGGCAAUGACUGAGAACCUUUCUAGUUCAUUCAAAAUACUGAAUAAGCAGACUAAUUGUAGAUAUGUUUUAUGUUUUAGAGAAGGACUAGUUGUAGUCAGUAAUGAGGUUGUGGCCAAGAUAUCUAAUGUCUAUCCAAAGGACCCUGAAUUUCCUUCAAGUGGUGUUGAUGAUAUGACGAAGCUAGCAUAUUUGCAUGAACCUGGGGUUUUGCAGAAUUUAAGAUUUCGUUACGAUGAUAAUGAAAUAUACACCUACACGGGAAAUAUAUUGAUUGCCGUAAAUCCUUUUCGAAGACUGCCACAUUUAUAUGACAGUCACGUGAUGGAACAGUACAAAGGAGCAGCUUUAGGUGAGCUGAGCCCACAUCCGUUUGCUGUUGCAGAUUCUGCCUAUAGACAGAUGAUCAAUGAGAGAAUUAGCCAAGCAAUUCUGGUAAGUGGGGAAAGUGGAGCUGGUAAAACAGAGAGUACAAAGAUGCUUAUGUGCUAUCUAGCCUAUAUGGGUGGGAGAAUUAACAAGGAAGAAGAACGGUCUGUGGAGCAGAAGGUCUUGGAGUCUAAUCCUGUUCUGGAAGCAUUUGGCAAUGCGAAGACCGUCAGAAACAAUAAUUCAAGUCGCUUUGGCAAGUUCGUGGAAAUUCAGUUCGAUCAAAGGGGGAGAAUUUCAGGAGCUGCAAUAAGGACUUAUUUGCUAGAACGAUCUCGUGUUUGCCAAGUGUCUGAUCCAGAGAGAAACUAUCAUUGCUUUUAUAUGCUUUGUGCUGCACCACAGGAGGAUAUUGAGAAGUACAAAUUGGGAAAUCCACGAACUUUUCAUUAUUUAAAUCAGUCAAAUUGUUAUGAGCUGGAUGCUAUAGAUGAUUCUAGAGAGUAUCUUGCAACUAGGAGAGCUAUGGAUGUUGUUGGGGUCAGUCAGGCAGAGCAGGAUGGAAUAUUCCGGGUUGUGGCUGCAAUUCUACAUUUAGGAAAUGUUGAGUUUGCGAAGGGACAGGAAUCAGAUGCUGCUGAACCUAAGGAUGAUAAAUCUCGGUUCCAUCUAAGAACUGCAGCGGAACUUUUCAUGUGUGAUGAGAAGUCUCUUGAAGACUCUUUAUGUAAACGUGUUAUUGUGACUCGUGAUGAGAGCAUUACAAAAUCGCUUGAUCCAGAUGCUGCAGCUCUCAGCAGAGAUGCUUUGGCCAAAAUUGUUUAUUCAAAAUUAUUUGACUGGCUUGUGGACAAGAUAAAUGUUUCUAUUGGUCAGGAUCCGGAAUCGAAAUUGUUGAUUGGUGUUCUGGAUAUUUAUGGAUUUGAGAGUUUCAAGACAAACAGUUUUGAGCAAUUUUGCAUCAAUUUAACAAAUGAAAAGCUGCAGCAACAUUUUAAUCAGCAUGUUUUUAAGAUGGAGCAGGAGGAAUAUAAAAAGGAAGAAAUUGACUGGAGUUAUAUAGAAUUUGUUGAUAAUCAAGAUAUUCUUGAUCUUAUUGAAAAGAAACCCGGUGGCAUCGUAGCUCUUCUUGAUGAAGCUUGUAUGUUUCCCAGAUCAACACAUGAGACAUUUGCUCAAAAGCUUUAUCAGACUUUUAAAGACCAUAAACGCUUCAGUAAGCCUAAGCUGGCACGGACUGACUUUACCAUUUGUCAUUAUGCUGGCGAUGUGACUUACCAGACUGAGCUCUUCCUGGACAAGAACAAAGAUUAUGUUGUUCCAGAGCAUCAAGCUUUACUGGGUGCUUCGAAAUGCUCUUUUGUUUCAAGCUUGUUUCCUCCUUUACCUGAGGAAUCUUCCAAAUCAUCAAAGUUUUCCUCAAUAGGUUCUCGCUUCAAGCAACAACUCCAAGCUUUGCUCGAGACUUUGAGUGCCACUGAACCGCACUACAUUCGCUGUGUAAAGCCAAAUAAUGCUCUUAAGCCGGCAAUAUUUGAAAACAAUAAUGUACUACAACAACUUCGUUGUGGGGGAGUCAUGGAGGCAAUUAGAAUUAGUUGUGCUGGAUUUCCCUCUCGAAAAAUGUUUCAUGAAUUUAUAGAUCGGUUUGCCAUAUUGGCUCCAGAGGUUCUCCGUGGGAGCCAUAAUGAGGUUGCUGCUAGCAAGAGGAUUCUGGAGAAGAGUAAUCUCAGUGGUUAUCAGAUUGGCAAAACAAAAGUUUUUCUCAGGGCUGGUCAGAUGGCUGAACUAGAUGCACGUCGAAGUGAGGUCUUAGGAAGAUCAGCAAGUGUUAUACAGAGAAAAGUUCGUACAUAUUUGCAUCACAAACACUAUAUCUUGUUGCAGUUAUCUGCCACACGUAUUCAAGCCUUGUGUAGAGGACAAGUGGCACGCCAUCAGUAUGAGGGAAUGAGAAGAGAAGCUGCUUGUCUGAAUAUUCAAAAACAUUCACGCAAGUUUGUUGCAAGGAAAGCAUACAAGAAUUUGUACUUCUCAGCCAUUUCCAUUCAAGCAGGUAUGCGUAAGAUGGCUGCACAUAAUGAGCUUCUGUUCAGGAAGCAAACAAGAGCUGCUACUGUAAUUCAGAGUCAAUGUCGACGAUUCUUGGCCAGCCUUCAUUAUCUAAGCUUAAAGAAAGCAGCAAUUUCCACACAAUGUGCCUGGAGAGCAAGAGUUGCACGUAGAGAAUUACGGAAGCUAAAAAUGGCUGCCAAGGAAACUGUUGCCCUCCAAGAAGCCAAAAGUAAGCUGGAAAAUCAAGUUGAAGAACUUACGUUGCUCUUGCAGCUGGAGAAACAAAUGAGGGCUGAGCUAGAGGAAUCCAAAAACCAAGAAUGUGCAAGUUUGCAAUCUGCUUUGCAGAAGAUGCAACUUGAGUUUCAGGAAACAAAAGAGUUGCUAAUCAAGGAAUGUGAAGAUGCAAAGAAAACUGCUGAUGAAUUGAUGAAUAAACUUACUGCUGAAAAUGAACAACUGAAGGCUGACCUAGAGGAAUCCAAUAACCAAGAAAUUCCAAGGUUGCAAUCUGCUUUGAACAAGAUGCAACUUGAGUUUCAGGAAACAAAAGAGUUGCUAAUCAAGGAACGUGGAGCUGCAAAGGACACUGCUGAUGAAUUGAUGAAUAAACUUACUGCUGAAAAUGAACAGCUGAAGGCUGACCUAGAGGAAUCCAAUAACCAAGAAAUUCCAAGGUUGCAAUCUGCUUUGAACAAGAUGCAACUUGAGUUUCAGGAAACAAAAGAGUUGCUAAUCAAGGAACGUGAAUCUGCAAAGGACACUGCUGAUGAAUUGAUGAAUAAACUUACUGCUGAAAAUGAACAGCUGAAGGCUGACCUAGAGAAAUCCAAUAACCAUGAAAUUCCAAUGUUGCAAUCUGCUUUGAACAAGAUGCAACUUGAGUUUCAGGAAACAAAAGAGUUGCUGAUCAAGGAACGUGAAGCUGCAAAGAACACAGCUGAACAAGUUCCUGUCAGUCAGGAGGCCCCUGUUAUUAAUGAUGAAUUGAUGAAUAAACUUACCGCUGAAAAUGAACAGCUGAAGGCUGACCUAGAGGAAUCCAAAAACCAAGAAAUUCCAAGGUUGCAAUCUGCUUUGCACAAGAUGCAACUUGAGUUAAAGGAAACAAAAGAGUUGCUGAUCAAGGAACGUGAAGCUGCAAAGAACACAGCUGAACAAGUCCUUGUCACACAGGAGGUCCCUCUAAUUGAUGAUGGAUUGAUGAAUAAACUUACCGCGGAAAAUGGACAGCAGAAGGCUGACCUAGAGGAAUCCAAAAACCAAGAAAUUGCAAGGUUGCAAUCUGCUUUGGACAAGAUACAACUUGAGUUUCAGGAAACAAAAGAGUUGCUAAUCAAGGAACAUGAAGCUGCAAAGAACACUGCUGAACAAGUUCCUGUCAUUCAGGAGGUCCCUGUUAAUGAUGAUGAAUUGAUGAAUAAACUUACUGCCGAAAAUGAACAGCUGAAGGCUCUGGUAAGUUCAUUAGAACAGAAAAUUGAUGAAACAGAGAGGAAAUAUGAAGAAACAAACAAGCUUAGUGAAGAGCGACUAAAGCAGGCUUUGGAGGCAGAGUCAAAGAUAAUUGAGCUAAAAACUGCAAUGCAGAGACUCGAAGAGAAGAUUUUGGACAUGGAAUCCGAGGACCAGGUUUUGCGGCAGCAAGCAUUGAUGAGUGCAUCUAGAAAAAUGUCAGAGCAUUUGUCAAUUGUGACAUCUGCACCUCUGGAAAAUGGUCAUCAUGCACAACUAAAUUCCGGUCCAUCAAAAAGGUUUGGUAGAGAAGAUAGUAAAAUGAGGAGAUCCCAUAUUGAAAGGCAACAAGAGAGCGUAGAUGCUCUAAUCAAAUGUGUGACACAGAAUAUUGGGUUCAGUCAAGAAAAGCCUGUUGCAGGAUUUACGAUAUACAAAUGCCUUCUCCACUGGAAAUCAUUUGAAGCAGAAAAGACAAGUGUAUUUGAUCGUCUUAUUCAGAUGAUUGGCUCUGCACUCGAGGACCAGGACAACAAUGAUCACUUGGCUUAUUGGCUGUCGAAUACAUCCGUAUUGUUGUUUUUGCUUCAACGUAGUUUGAAAGCCUCUAGUUCAAGUGCAGCACAGAAACCUCCUACUCCAACGUCAUUUUUUUCAAGGAUGACCCAAAGUUUUCGUUCAUCUUCUGCCAAUCUCCCGGUUGGUGUAGUGCGCCAGGUUGAGGCCAAGUAUCCAGCUCUGCUUUUUAAGCAGCAGCUCACAGCAUACAUAGAAAAGAUCUAUGGUAUCAUAAGAGAGAACUUGAAAAAGGACUUGUCACAACUUGUUUCUUGUUGUAUUCAGGAACCUAGGACAUCAGAAGGAACAGCUUUUAAAACUUCUGAAGAGUCACAAGGCGAUAGUUCUCCAGCUAGUCACUGGCAGGGCAUUAUUGAGUGCCUGAACAGGCUGCUGUCCGCAUUAAAAGAAAAUUUUGUGCCUACCAUACUUGUUCAGAAGAUUUUCACUCAAAGUUUUGCAUAUAUUAAUGUACAGCUAUUUAAUAGCCUUCUUCUCCAUCAAGAGUGCUGCACAUUUAGCAAUGGGGAGUAUGUGAAGUCUGGUUUAGCCGAGUUGGAACUAUGGUGUGCCCAAGCGACUGAAGAGUAUACUGGCUCAGCAUGGGAUGAACUCAAACACACAAGGCAGGCUGUUGGAUUCUUGGUUAUAAAUCAAAAAUCCAAAUUAUCCUAUGACGAAAUAACAAAUGACCUUUGUACUGUUCUGAGUGUUCAACAACUCUAUAGGAUAUGUACACUUUAUAGCGAUGACAAACACAACACUGAAAGUGUUUCACCAGAUGUCAUUUCCAGCAUGAAACUUAUUAUGACAGAUGAUUCAGAAGAUGAUAGCGGCAGCUCCUAUCUGUUGGAUGAUGAUUCCAGCAUUCCUUUCUCGGUCGAGGACAUUACCGACUCCAUGCAAGUAAAAGAAUUUUCGAAUGUAAAACCUGCUGCAGAGCUUAUUGAGAAUCCAGACUUCCAAUUUUUACAGGAUUAAGACACAGGCACAGCAUUCUUUUGUAGUGAUGGUAGGAGGGGAAGAAAAUUUUUAAUGUAUUCGACUCUGGUUGGAGCUGACAAAAGCUGUUCAGCCCCCUAAAUUUUCAUCUUGUACAAAGUAAUAAAUAGCAAAAAUAUUUAUAGUUAAAUUUUUUUUUCCAAAUAUUCGUUAU